AUGCCCAUCAGCUAUUUGAUUCUGCUCUCCCGGCAGGGCAAAGUGCGCCUCGCCAAGUGGUUCACCACGCUCUCGCCCAAGGAGAAGGCCAAGAUCAUCAAGGAUGUGACCCAGCUGGUGCUGUCCCGCCGGACGCGGAUGUGCAAUUUCCUGGAAUACAAAGGUGGCUUCCCCCCGUUUUGUCUGAGCUGUGCCUGCGUGCGACGGACUGCCAGAAUCCAUCAGGGGACCAAAUCGCUGACUCGUAACUCGAAAGUCGUUUAUCGUCGCUAUGCUUCGCUCUUCUUUAUCGCCGGCUGCUCCUCCACCGACAACGAACUGAUCACCCUGGAGGUGGUGCACCGUUACGUCGAGCAGAUGGAUAAGUACUACGGCAAUGUGUGCGAGCUGGACAUCAUCUUCAAUUUCCAAAAGGCCUACUUCAUUCUCGACGAACUAUUACUGGCGGGGGAAAUGCAGGAAAGCAGCAAGAAGAACGUGCUGCGGUGUAUCAGCCAGCAGGACAGCCUGGAGGAUAUGGAGGUUGAGGAAGAUGUGGUCACCAAGAUCAUGUAG